CAGGGAGGGGACAGGCUGCAGCCCAGGCAGUUACACGUUUUCCCCCGCAGAAGCCUCCGUCGUCAUCAUCAGGGGCUUGGGGUCAGAGACGGAGCGGUGACCAUGGCCGGGCCGGAGCUGUCCCCUGUGCCCAGCAACUGGCUGCUGGUGUUGCUGAUGCUUCUCUCAGGUGAGACGGUGUUUGCAGUCCGAAUGGCAGACGUCGUCCAGAAUCCCACAGGAAGCCCUUGUUCCCAGAUCUGGCAGUUCCCACGUUUCGUGGCCAAAAAACGAGGUUCCGUGGUGGAAAUAACGUGCAACAUGGAGUACCAGGGCAGCGUGACCUGGUUCUGGAAGCGGGAUAUGAACUCAGAGCCCAAGGCGGUGGCUCUGGAACCGGGACGCAUCGAACAGAACCAAAGCACGCACAGUGACACCCUCACCAUUAGGGGCAUCCAGUUUCAGGACAAUGGCAUCUACAUCUGUCAGCAAGAGUGCCCGAACAGGUCCAUUGAGAGUGGCUGUGGCACUGAACUUCGAGUCCUGGGAUUCAGCACCUUGGCUCAGUUGAAGCGGCGGAACGCGCUGAAGGAUGGCAUCAUUAUGAUCCAGACCACACUCAUCAUCCUCUUCAUCACUGUGCCCAUCUUCCUGCUGCUGGACAAGGAUGACGGUAAGCCCGGGAUGGAGGAAGACCACACCUACGAGGGCCUGAACAUUGACCAGACAGCCACCUACGAGGACAUAGUGACUCUGCGGACCGGGGAGGUGAAGUGGUCGGUGGGUGAGCACCCAGGCCAGGAGUGAGGGUCCAGCCCUGCCCACAGCCCCGGGCACAGCCUGCUGGGCCCUCACCGAGUACUUCAGAGCCGCCUGGCUCCCAGUCCACCCCUUUCCCUUGGACCCCCUGUGGGCCUCCGAAGCCGGCCUACCAGAUCUGCCUGCCCCUUUGGCCCCUGGCCCCCAGCUCUUGCCGAAGGGACUGGGGUGGAAGGGCCGGGGGCAGAGAUUUGGAGCAGGGCGUUCUCCGGGGUCAGACUGGACCCAGCCUUCUCAGGGUGCUAUGCAGCGAUCCACGCCUCGUUCAGGGCAGAUGAGGCAUAGACUUGUCUGGAAACUGCA